UCCUUUAUAUAUAAAAACUCACACAAUUAUCACACAAAAAUUGCAACCAACUUUUUCGCAUUGAAAAAACGCUGCACUCUUUUAGCUCCACAUGAGUAACUCCGGCAGCAUAAACUCGCCGGCUUCACUAUCGCCGCCGGAGAAUCAGCCGUUAGAAAUCAACAUCGUCGACUCCGACUUCGUUGUUAUCUUAGCAGCUCUUCUCUGCGGCCUAAUUUGCGUAAUCGGACUUGUCGCCGUAGCUCGUUGCGCUUGGAUCCGACGGAUCACCGGAGGAAAUCCAGAUGAUUCUCCUCUUCCUCCGGCGAACAAAGGUUUGAAGAAGAAGGUACUGAAAUCACUGCCGAAGUUCAGUUACACACCGGAACGAUCUGUGCAAUUCUCUGAAUGUGCGAUUUGUUUGAUGGAAUUCGUAAUCGGAGAUGAAAUUCGAGUGCUGCCGCAGUGCGGCCAUGGAUUUCAUGUCGGAUGUAUUGAUACGUGGUUGGGAUCGCAUUCGUCGUGUCCGUCUUGCCGUCAGAUUCCGGUGGUUUCAAGGUGUAGUAUGUGCGGUGAGCUGCCGGUGAUGAACUCGUCGGCGGCCGUUGGAGGUGAGAUCGGUAAUCGAUCGGCUCCGAAUAAUAAUUAUCAUGUAAAUGCAUUUUUACCUUAGAAAGUAAUUACUUACAUAUUAGGCUGAGUGUAUAUAUUAAUUCAUGUACGUGUAUUGAGAAUUACUAGUAGUUCUAUUACUAAUAAAAAUGUUUUUCAAGAA